AUGAACCCGAGUGAAAUCGUGUUCAGAAGCCAAGCCAAGAGGAGCGGCACCGAGCGCCGGGGUCCCUGCCAGGGGGACGUCGGCGACCCGCAGCUAGCAGACGAUGCCCUUCCUGCAGGCGCGCGGGGACGUCGGCGCUCCUACUUCAGCUCCUGUAGUCGUGCUCCAACGCCUUGCUCGUCCUCGGGAUCCCCACGCCUGAGUCCAGGUCGUCCUCAGCUUAUGCCUCCGAAGCCCAAGGCCGACGACCCAAGCUCCUUGGGGAACCUGUACCUCAUUUUUUACAACGUGUUCCUCACUCUGGGGUGGUUGAUCGUCUUGAUUCAGACCGUCCACCAUCUAGUUCACGAGCAAGGCAAUAUUACUGGACUAUGGGAAAACACCAGUUCCGUGCUCCUGAUUUUCCAAACGCUGGCGGUCUUAGAGAUCAUGCACUCGGCUGUCGGUCUUGUGUCCUCCAGCGUAAUGAUGGUCCUACCACAGGUGUUCUCUCGUUUGAUGGUGACUUGGGCCAUCCUCUACUCUUUUGAAGACUCGCGCACCAGCAUAGGAUUUCCAAUGCUUUUGAUUGCCUGGAGUGUGACCGAAGUGAUUCGCUAUUCUUUCUACUUUUUGAACAUCCUCAAACAAGUGCCCUUCCUUCUCACCUUCCUCAGGUAAGGUUCAAGAAAGAUGAUUAG